UGGUUGCGUGCCUCUCCCGAUUUAACGAAGUACCGACCUUGGUUGUGAUUGGUCGAUAGUACGGAAGGCGCCUUGAAGGUGUUCAGAAAAAGGCAUCGGGGCCAUAGCGCGCUUUCGUGUCGCCCAUUGUUAUCCUCGUCGCGUGUAAUGGCUACCGCGAAGUUUGUUGACGGUGAAGAGCCUGUAUUGUCGCGUCUGGUGUUACCCUGAGGUAAAGUUAAUAAGUGGUUAACAGGCGUGACCAUAAUUCAAUGAAAUACGGGUAAACUUUCGUGCAAGAUAAUAGCACGGUACCGCCAAUUUUUAUGACACCGAGACGCCCGCGCUUCGUACAGGACUCGCCGCAGCCGCCACCGCGCUGCUUGGGACGACAUGAUCUGCGCGGGCCAACGUUUAGUUCAGUGACAAACCGAGGCGCGAAAUAAACCUAUUAUAAGAAAUAACGAUUGAAGGAAUAAUUUAUUUAAGGGAUAUUGUUAAUAGUGUAAGCCAAUAGGAACAUACAAGUUUUGAAUGUGCUGAAAGAAAAUAUCUAGUGUGCCCCUGUGUACGACCGUCAUCGAUCUCUCUCACUCACUCUCUCCCCCCUCUCUUUCUUUCUUUCUUUCACUCACUCACUCCAUCUAUCCUUGUCGCUCAUUCGCUCACUCGCUUACUCGCUCCCUCUUUUUCUAUCUUCCUUAUAUCUUUUAUUCUCUCUCUCUCUCUCUCUCUCCCACAUACGUACACUCGUUCUUUCCUUCCUUCUCUCGCUUGCUCCCAUUCUCGCGCGCGUCCACGGAGUCAUAAAAUAAUACAAAAAUUAUCGUUUUUGUGAAUGCAUAUAAGGUAUAGUUAAUCGAAAGUUGAUAAAACUUAAUAAUCGGCAUUAGGAGGCUUAACGGCGAAAAGGAACCACGCGCCGCGUCGUCCAGCACCGCCACCGUUGCCGCCUCCAACACCGCCAACACCACCGCCACGACCACCGACACCGCCGCCGUCAUGGCAACUAGAAGAUCGUCGCCCGCCCGGCAGCCGGACGUUUAACCCGUGCGCCGUCUCUAUAUGACCAUAGCACGGUCUAAGGCAUCACAUCAAUGGCCCUAGAAUCAAAUGGCAACAACGUGGUCUGGUUGAAUGCAACCCGUCCUGAUCAAAUACAGCAGAACCAACCUAUCGAACAACCGCUGAAGUGUUCCAUGUUCACUCAAACUGAACAAACCAACAGUUUUACUCAAACGGAGCAAAGUAAUUCUAGUUACGGAGAUCAAAGACAGCAAGCAGCAAUGUUUGACCCUCAACAAAUUCAACAGCAGCAAGCUGCACAGGGUCAACAGUCGCAGCAGCAGCAGUCCCAGCAAAUGUAUGUUACGGAUAAAAAGGAAGACAAGUCGCAGCAGCAAUCGGCUACAGCCGAAUUUCCUUUUUACUAUAAUGUCAACAUGCUUCAAAAAGUCCAGACAAACGCAGUUAGCACAAUAGGUGCCAUAACAACGGAUGAUAAAGGUUGUUAUCGUUUUGAUGUACAGCCUGUUGGCUAUAAUACAUUAUUAAAUCAGAUGAGUAUAGCUGCUGCUACAAAUGCAACUUUUAAAUGUGAUAUAUGUGGUCUGGUGUUCGGUCACAUGAGUUUAUUAACUCAUCAUAAACGGAUUCACAACACUACACCAAGUAAUUUGCAACAACAACCGCAACAAGUUGUCGUACAAACACCAACAACAGUGACUGUAGCCACAACACCUGAAAGACCCUAUACUUGUGAUGUGUGUGGAGCUUGUUUUGCACUGCCUGGAGAAUUGAAAAGUCACAAAACAAAUAUGCACCAAAAACCUAAAGUGCAAAUAUGUGAAGAUUGUGGUAGUGAAGAUCCGUGCGAACAUCAUCCCACAAAAAUCAAAAAGACAAUUAAACCUGGUCACCAUCCAGUAAAACGAAGGGGUGUUACAAGUGUUACCAAAUGUCAUAAAUGUAAUGGCACCGGGAUUAUAUUUAUUGGUGGCAAACAAAACAGUCAGAACCAAGCGGAGAAGCCAUUUCACUGUAAUGUAUGUGAUGGUACAUUCUCCCGGUAUUCUUCACUUUGGUCUCAUAAGCGGUUGCACUCGGGUGAUAAACCAUUCAAGUGCGAAGUCUGUGGUUUAGCUUUUGCAAAAGCUGCUUAUUUGAAAAAUCAUGGACGAGUACACACAGGCGAAAAACCAUUUAAAUGCACCGUAUGUGGGAUGCAAUUCUCGCAGAGUCCUCAUCUAAAAAAUCAUGAAAGAAUUCAUUCUGGCGAACGCCCUUAUCAAUGCGAGGUCUGCGAAAAAACUUUUGCCAGACAUUCGACACUUUGGAAUCAUAGGAGAAUUCAUACCGGCGAAAAACCUUACAGAUGUAACAUCUGUGGUUCUGCCUUCAAUCAAGCGACGCACCUAAAAAAUCAUGCGAAAGUACAUACUGGUGAAAAGCCGCAUAGAUGUGAUAUAUGCGAGAUUGGAUUCUCCGACCGUUUUGCAUUAAAGCGACACCGUGCAAUUCAUGAGAAGUACGGCCAAACCGCUCGAAAUCAGAAUACGAAUAAUCCAAGUAAUGCACAACAAACCAAUGCGAGUAGCCAACAGCAGCAGCAACAGCAACAACAGCAACAACCCCAGCAAGGGCAACAAGGGCAACAGGUUGUUGUAGUGAAUGCAACAACUCCAGUUACUGUCAGUCAGGGUCAAGGCCAAGCAGUUAUGCUCGAAGAAGUCUACAAAUGUCAAGUGGCCUUCCCGGAACCCAAAUGAUUCAGCUAGAGAAUACCUUUCAGGAGUUGGUAAAGAAAAAAUGAAAUAACAAGGUUAUUUUAUUAACAGACAAACUUAUUACAUAAUGGAAUAUGCAGAAAGAUUAUGCGUGUAAGAAUAUGAUGUAACGAUUAAUUGAACGAAGGCUACAAGAAAAACAUUCAGUGUUUCUUGUGAAAAUAUUAAUAUGUUGGUGAUGACUAUGACGACUCAGGUCUUAUAAAAAUCAAUGCCCAUUGACUGUCAUGUAGGUGUAUAGUUUAAUAAAAAACGAGCUGAAAUUUUCAGUGACUCUGCGUUUCCCUUUGACGCGAGUGAGUAGUUUCGUAACAAGUAAAAAGUAAAUAAUAAUAAUAAUAAUAAUAAUAAUAGUAAUAAUAAUAAUAAUAAUAUUAAUAUUAAUAAUAAUGUAACAACUUGAAAGAGUUCGGCUCAUAAAAUAUGGAAAAAUGAAAAAAAAAAAAAAAAAAUACAACAAUGAACUCUCAGCCGCUAUUAUAUUAAUAAAAUUUCUCAUCAAUUAAUACAAGAAGUGUUACGAGGAGAAGAAGAAGAAAAAGAAGAAACAAAAAAGAAAACAAAUCUACUUUAUAUUUUGUUACACAGAAUAGAAAUUACUACGAAGACUACGACAUCGGUUUCGAUAAAUAAUCGAUAUUUCACAAUAUAAUACCUGGCAUAGUCUCUCUCUUUCUAUUUCUAUCUCUAUCUCUGUCUCUGUCUCUGUCUCUCUUGAAAUUAAUUUGCAAAUGAAUUUGUAAAGUUUCCAUUUGUUCUCUUAUAAAUAUAACUAUAUAAAAUGCCUUUUUAUGAGAAUGAAAAGAAAGGAAUGAAAUGAAGCGAAGAAAGUGUUGUUAUAACUUCAUGAACUCGUUACAAACAAAAAAAUAAAGAAAAUACCAGUCUGCAUUAGCUUUAAGGGAAAACAAUUAGAACUGACAUUGAAAAAAAAGUAAUUAGAGCAACUAAAAUGAGGACAUCAGUUUUAAAGAAGACUAUCAUGCAUACUUAUAUGUGUAUUAAUGAUCACCGAAUCACCUUGAACACAAUUAAAUUGUUAAUCUAUAAUGAGUUGAAAAAUAAUCUUACAUUGUGACGUCUUAAAAAAGAGAAUAUUUAAAAAGAAAGAAAGAAGAAAAGAAUAUAAAAUGAGUUUCUUAGCAUUGACCAAACCUUGACAACCUUUUACAUAAAAAGACGCUGAGAUAAGAAUAAAAAGUAUUUCGAUAAAAUACAGAAAAAAAAAAACAAUAAAAGUCAAUGUCAUCGUUUUGAAAAUGAUUGUCAUCGGGUGCAUUGUGUUCCAUUGCAGUUGAAAGCUGCAGAACAAGGAAUAAGAUGUUUAAUAAAAAGAAAAAAAGCAAAGGAAAGAAAAAGAAAAGGAGGAUAUAAAAUAAAAUGAAACAAAGUAAA